AUGGAUACAUCAGUGUCUAAUGAUACAGCAGUGUCUAAUGAUACAACAGUGUCUAAUGAUACAGCAGUGGCUAAUGAUACAGGAGUGUCUACUGAUACAGGAGUGUCUAAUGAUACAGCAGUGUCUAAUGAAGUGUCUAAUGAUACAGCAGUGGCUAAUGAUACAGGAGUGUCUGAUGAUACAGCAGUGUCUAAUGAUACAGCAGUGUCUAAUGAUACAACAAUGUCUAAUGAUACAGCAGUGUCUAAUGAUACAGCAGUGUCUGAUGAUACAGCAGUGUCUAAUGAUACAGCAAUGUCUAAUGAUACAGCAGUGUCUAAUGAUACAGCAGUGUCUAAUGAUACAACAAUGUCUAAUGAUACAACAAUGUCUAAUGAUACAGGAGUGUCUAGUGAUACAUCAGUGUCUAAUGAUACAGCAGUGUCUAAUGAUACAACAGUGUCUAAUGAUACAGCAGUGUCUAAUGAUACAGCAGUGUCUAAUGAAGCGUCUAAUGAUACAGCAGUGUCUAAUGAUACAGCAGUGUCUAAUGAUACAGGCGUGUCUAAUGAUACAACAGUGUCUAAUGAUACAGCAGUGUAUAAUGAUACAGGAGUGUCUAAUGAUACAGCAGUGUCUAAUGAUACAGCAGCGUCUAAUGAUACAGCAGUGUCUAAUGAUACAGCAGCUUCUAAUGAUACAGCAGUGUCUAAUGAUACAAGAGUGUCUAAUGAUACAGCAGUGUCUAAUGAUACAACAGUGUCUAAUGAUACAGCAGUGUCUAAUGAAGUGUCUAAUGAUACAGCAGUGUCUGCUGAUACAGCAGUGUCUAAUGAUACAGGAGUGUCUAAUGAUACAACAGUGUCUAAUGAUACAGCAGUGUCUAAUGAAGUGUCUGAUGAUACAGCAGUGUCUAAUGAUACAGCAGUGUCUAACGAUACAGCAGUGUCUAAUGAUACAGGAGUGUCUAAUGAUACAGCAGUGUCUAAUGAUACAGCAGCGUCUAAUGAUACAGCAGUGUCUAAUGAUACAACAGUGUCUAAUGAUACAGCAGUGUCUAAUGAAGUGUCUAAUGAUACAGCAGUGUCUAAUGAUACAGCAGCGUCUAAUGAUACAGCAGCGUCUAAUGAUACAGAAGUGUCUAAUGGUACAGGAGUGUCUAGUGUACAGGAGUGUCUGCUGAUACAGCAGUGUCUUAUGAUACAGCAAUGCUCUCCAUCUACCCCAACAGUUUGGAAUGCUGCGGACGUUGUCUCUCUACCUACACUCACAAUCUGUGAUGCUAUAUACUUUGUCUCUCCACCUACCCUAACAGUUUGUGAUGCUAUCGACUUUGUCUCUCCACCUACCCUAACAGUCUGUGAUGCUGCUGACUUUGUCUCUUCACCUACCCUAACAGUCUGA